GUUGGGCAGUCCCAACUCCUUGGACGUGCUUUAAAUUUGAAGAGCAUUCGAGGAUCCGACCAUGAAAAGCCGAGAAAAGAAAAAGAUGACUACGAGUCCAUCCAAGCAAAGCUCCAGUUCAGCCUCCGGCAACCAAUCACUGGAGGAACUCUCCCCCGGCGGCCUCGCGGGAUCCUACAACGCAGGCGGGUCAUCUUCUUCGAUGACGACAUGGACGGAUGAGAAGCACACGCGUUUCUUGAGGUCGCUGGAGGCUUCGUUUCUGCAAGCACUUCGACUGUCUUGUCGGAGCAAAUUAUCAUCAGGUGACAACCACCUGCAGCUUCAAGGUCAAUUUGUUCCUGGCCUUCUUUGCUGCAGUCAGUUAGCGGACAAUGACAUUGCCAGGACGACGACCUGCAGCUACUCGAAAUCCCGAAGGAGGAAAAGCCCGGCCAAGAUCAAAGCCACUGCCACCUCAGGUAUGAUGCAAAAUCAAUUCGAUGGCGGAGCUAGAAAGAGGUCAAGGAGACCUCCAUCUGAUCAGUCCCACAGCGACUCAUCCGAUGAUGAUCAGCAGGUUGUCCCAGAGAUGAACAUCAUAACAGCCGAUAAGGAUGACAAACAUAUCAAUCCCAUGUAGCUGCCUGCGGAUGGGACCCAACAUCACAACAAUGGGGACCGUACCUCGUCUCUUUUCUUUUUUUUUGGAAGUAUUAUCUUCCUGCUGUAUGUUAAUUAGGCUUUCGAUCUUUCUAUUUAUGCAAUUAAAUAAAUGGUAGCUCUAGUUUCCUUUUUUAAAAAAUAAUAAUUUAAUUCUCUCUUUGCCAAUUCUUGCAUUAUACGUCAGAGGUUUUGCAGGAAAUAUAAUUAAUGUAUGAUCAACGGAUAGUUUUGAUUGCUUCUAGUUGAGGAUUGUUGUACUUCCUGGUUGUUGGAUCAUAGAAAUUUAUGUUGUCAAGGCUGAAAUAUUACUAUAGAGAUACACGUAUGAAAUUUCGUGUCCAAUUUACACA